AUGCAUAAUGAAUUAGAAUCCUUAAAAGAACUUCUUUUGCAAGACUCAUGAGACUACACAACUGAGCCCGAGCUCAUCGACCGCAAUUCCUGCAAUCGAGGCUCGCUAAGCGCUACUUUGCGGGCUUCAAAAAUCCUUCUUUUUGACAUAAAUUCCAAAAAUUGCUAUUUGCUUAAUUUAGACGAUAUUUAUGACCAAAAAAAUAUUCUGCACGACAAGGAUAAUUCCUAUGCUUUAAUUUUUCAAGGUUUAGAUGAACAAGAAGUCAAAGAAAUUAGAAAAUUUUUUGGUCUUCACCCAGUGAUAGAUUAUGAAUGUGCGAGCAACCAUUUCAAUAAUAAAGACCAUAUGCUUGAUUUUCAUGAUUAUUAUUUGUUGACUAUUAAUGAUGCUAGUAUAGAGGGAGAUGUAGAAAAUCUGGAUUCAGGCCCAAUGAUUGUGCAAUUUUGAUAGUAUGCAUUUCUCCGUAGUAAAUUUGGUCGAAAAUUGGUGAAAUUUUUUGAUAGUGAGGCAUUUGACUGAAAAAAGACGUUAAAUUUCGACCAAAUGUCCACUAUUUAAAAAUUUUCGAUCAAAUGUACUUCGAUGAAAUUUACACUAUCAAAAAUACACUACCAUUUGGCAUGGAGCCAGAAAAUCCGGUAUCUAUGAAAACUAUUAUUAGGAAAAAUUUAAUUUUGAUUUUUUGUGAGGAGAGGGUUUAUUGUAUAGUAGGGAAGAUGUAUAGGAAAAGCAAAUGAGAUUUAUUUUUUAUAGAAAAUAGUAUAGGUAUAUUGAUUUAAAAUCGAAUAUUAGGCAGCUAUUUUAUAAAGAAUUGAAUAUAAUUGAUUUUGAGAACCGGGAAUUCGAAAAUUAUAUAUGGGAUUAUAAUAUUGCAUGCAGGAAAACAGAAAUCAAUGAAAAAUGCGGGUGCUCAGCAGUUGAAGCUAUUUUUCACAGACUAAUUGAGUGGAUUUUUGCGAGACUCGAAAAAAUCGCCUCAAAUAUGAAUAUAGAAGCGAGAUGCUGUCUAGACUUUGCCACUGGAAAAAUGAAAAUCGGAGAACGCUUUGGGUUUAUUACCAGGCUAAGCAAAGCUGAAAGACACAUGCAGUGCCUUAUUGACCUAAUCAAGCCCAAAUGCAAAGUAUUUGAUUCUUUAUUAAAAUCCUUAAACACCUCAAAAAGCUUGAAAUAUUACAUAAAAAGUCUGAAAACAAGGGCUGAAGUUUUGGACAGAAAAAUAGUCCACAGUCACACAAUUUUAUUAAAAUCUGAAAAAAUAUUCAAUGCGACUAUAGAAGACACACAAAAUGAGACGGCAGAUAAAUUGUUAAAAAUAAUGAACCUUUUUUCAGGAAUUGCGACUAUUUAUUUUCCUGCAAAUCAUAUUCCAGGGACUAUGGGGAUGAAUAUACCUAUUCCAUUCAAAGAAUGAGACUCAUUUAUACCUUAUAUUUGUUGCUGAGGGUUAAUUGCGCUGAUUUCAAUUAAUUUUACUAUUAUUUUCAGGUGUAAGGGAUGGUUUUAA